AUGGAAGAAGAAGGUUCAUCAGUAAGAUUGGUUCGCUGCCCUAAAUGUGAAAAUCUUCUUCCCGAGCUUCCUGAGUACUCUGUUUACCAGUGCGGAGGCUGUGGUGCUGUUCUUCGAGGAAAACAAUCCACUCCAGCUCGUGAAAAAAAACCCUUAGAAAGAUCUGAUAACGAGAAGAAAGAAAAAGCUAGUCUAGAGUCUGGUUCUGUUAUCGAAAGAGAAAAUGAUGAAUUUGAGCUUGGAAGAAGGCAGGGUAAAACCGUCCACGAAAAAAUUUCAAAACUGUCCGCUAGUUCUUCAUCUAAAAAAGAGAAACGCGAAAGAUUCACAGAUUCGGAUCAAAUUAGGAAACGAAGGCUUGAUUUUGAUCAAACCAAAGUGAAAGUUUUCAACGAUUGGGACAUGAAUGUUCCUAAAUAUGGCGAAUCACAAGAAAUUAGACACCCUUUUGGUCCAAUUAGGUCAAGGACAGUGGGGAUUCAUAGAAAUUCUAGUACAGUCGAAAGGGAUAGAUUUGGGAAUUUACCAUAUUCAAACGAAGGUCCUUCAAGUUCUCACAGCUUUGGUGGUUUAAAUGAGCUGACAAGGGUUCAAGAUUUAGAAAAUGAUAGAGCCCAACUUCUUCAAAAACUUGAUGAAUUAAGAACUCAACUUACCAGAUCAUGCAAUGUAACCGAAAACCCAAAUGGAAGAUUAACCGGUUCGUAUCCAUGGCCACAUCAGCUUCCACAUCAGCCCUCACAUCAUCAAUACCUACCUGCAACAUACCAUGACCCUUUUCUUGGCUACAAUCAAGACACCCUUUUUCAUCGCCCUUCAUGUUCAUGUUCACAAUGCUACAACACGAAUUGGCACAGUAAUACCCUUCCAAAGACCCGUCCUUUUCCGUCUUUUAACAGCCUCCCUGCUCAUGAUCCUCUGACUUACGGUCCACGUCAGCUGCCACGUCAUCUUGAUUCGGGAACUGGUAGUUUUGGUAGAAGAUAUCCAAGAAGACGGGUGAUUCUGAGUCAUGGAGGUGAACGUGUAUCGCGUCCUGUAUCUGGUGGUGCUCCUUUUAUAAGUUGUUGUAAUUGCUUCGAGCUGCUAAAAAUCCCUAAAAAACUUUGGGUUAUGGAAAAGAAUGUUCAUAAAAAGAUGAAAUGUGCAGUUUGUUCUUCUUUAAUAUCCAUAACACUUGAGGAUAACAGAAUCGUUACUUCAGUUUCUUCAUCACAACAAAAAGUCAACAAAACAAAGUCAAACCCUAGCGUUCAUAGCUCUCGCGAUUACGAUAAAUCCGGUUACAACUUCCAGUUGACAGACGCCGAACCAAAUUUAUCACCAAAUGAGCAAAGCCCUGAUGCUGCUGCAACUGUAAUUGACAAACCAUCAUUGUCAAUGUCAAAUGAGAAUUUAGAAAGUCAAAAUAACGAUUUGAGUCAAAGUCAAAGAAGGGACGAGGAAAGGGUGAUUGUUGAAAACAAGAAGUCUUUGAAAGAUGCAUUGGUGGCGACUGAGAUUGAUGUGUCUUUAACUGAGUAUUUAAACUGUGAAGCUGUUAGUAAAGAUAAAGAAGAUGAUCAAAUAAGGAACAAGAAAGGAGGAACAGAAUCUUUCUUUGCGGGUUUGAUUAAGAAGAGACUUAAAGAUUUUUCAAGGUCGAGUAGUGAACGUGUAGUGGAGAAGGGAAGAUCGGAUGUUUUUGUGAAUGGUCAACUUCUGACUGAUCGUCAAGUUAAAAAGGCAGAGAAGUUAGCUGGGCCUAUUCAUCCUGGAGAGUUCUGGUAUGACCCUAUAGCUGGAUUCUGGGGAGUGAUGAACCAACCUUGCCUUGGGAUUAUUCCUCCAUUUAUCGAAGAAUUUGACUAUCCGCUGCCUAAGAACUGCGGUGCUGGGAACACUAGGGUUUUUGUGAACGGAAGAGAACUCAACCAAAAAGAUUUAGAUCUUCUUGCAGGCAGAGGUCUUCCGACGACGAAAGAUAAGUCUUAUAUCAUCGACAUUUCCGGGAAAGUCGUGGAUGAAGACACCGGCGAAGAACUUGAUGGUCUUGGCAAGCUUGCUCCGACGGUUGAGAGGGUAAAGCAUGGAUUCGGCAUGAAAGUUCCGAAAACUGUUGUUUCUAAAUGAAUCAAAUGGAAUUUGGGUUGAAGAUAUUUACGUAUGAGCAGUUUGGGAUGUUUGUUAUGUUAUCCGAAUUUCACGCUGUUCAGGUUUUAUUCGUUUAUAUUUUGUGAUGUUGGUAGUAAAUCUUUAUUUUUGUAUUUAAGUUAUAUAUGUUUUAUGAUAAUUUUUUUAAAUGAAAAAACUUGAUAUUAAAUUAGUUAUGAAUUUGAGUAAUUAAUUAAUAGUUUUGUUGAAUUUAUAGAAUAGAUGAAAAAUGUCAGAAAUCUUUGCAACAAUAAUUAGUAAUGAAACGGAAGGAAUAUUCGCCUCGGAUGUAGGAGAGAAAGAGAGUCAAGAUUAAGUCAGAAGCAUGCAUUGCUUUUGUAUCAUGGGUUAGCUUUCACAAAAAAGGUAUCAUAUUCCGAUUAUAAACCAG